AGCACUUGUGGUAAUCAGGAUGAUUCCACGGUCAUUGUUAGUCUUUGCGUUGCUCCACUUGGGUUUAGGAAAUGUUGUCCAACUAGAUUCGUCCAAUUUUGACGCCAUCACACAGUCAAACGAGGUUGUGUUUGUCAACUUCUAUGCUGAGUGGUGUCGCUUUUCACAAAUGUUGAAGCCGAUUUUCGAUCAAGCAAGUCAAAAGUUCCAAAACUUACCGCAAGGAAAAGUUGUUUGGGCUGCGGUUGAUGCAGAUGCACAAGCCGCCCUUGCAACGCGGUUUCAAGUGAGCAAGUAUCCAACUCUGAAACUAUUCCGCAAUGGAGAAAUAGUGCGAAAGGAGUACAGAAGUCAACGUUCCGUUGAGGCUCUUUCGCAAUUUAUUCAAAAGCAACUGGACUCCGGUCUUCAAGAAAUCUCUAGUUCGGACGAUCUGCAGAGGAAAAUGGACACAGGGAAGCGAAAUGUGGUCGCAUAUUUCCCGCAGCUCAGUGGACCUGAGUACGAGUCUCUCAAAAAGGUUGCGUCUAUUCUACGAGAAGAAUGCACUUUCUACGUUGGAGGUGGCCCAGCUUUUGCUGAUAAAACGCCCCAGGGUCCAAGACUAUAUUUUAAGGGAAGCAAUGUAAGUCGUACUUUCUUAUUCUAUGGUGCACGGAAUUACGAAUUAUUCUUACAGCAAUGGCUGACAGAGCAUUGUAUCCCUCUUGUGCGAGAAAUAACUUUCGAAAAUGCUGAAGAGUUGACAGAGGAAGGAAUUCCUUUCCUCAUUUUGUUCCGCCAUCCUAAUGAUAAAGAAAGCGAAAAAGUGUUCACUGAGGCAGUUAUGCGAGAAAUUCCUGAUCAAAAAGCCGCGAUAAAUUGCCUUGUCGCGGAUGGUGUCAAAUUUGCGCAUCCACUUCAUCACUUGGGAAAAAGGGAGAGUGAUUUACCUUUGAUUGCGAUCGACUCAUUCCGUCAUAUGUACUUAUUUCCGAAUACGAACGAUAUGACCAUGCCUGGAAAAUUGCGGCAGUUCGUUCUUGAUCUUCACAGUGGCAAAUUGCAUCGAGAAUUCCAUAAUGGUCCCGAUCCAGUUGCUCAGCAGACGCAACCACCACCAUCUGUGUUCGAGAAGCUCAAGCCAUCGCAUACAAGAUAUACCCUUCUUGACAAAGAUGAGCUGUAG